UUGUCCCCAGUGUGUUCUUGUGGGGGCGAGGACGCUUUCUGCUCCCCGUUUCAGAGCUGGAGGAGGCACUUCCCCAGUUGGCGAGCGCUUGGGGCAGCAACCUGCUCGGACCCGGGGACAGUGGGAAGCUGCCCCUGCCCAGUGCCGGGGGAGGCAUUGUGGUGGCGGCAGCAUCGGGCACCUGGCCAGCAGCGUGAGGGAGGAGGGAGCCUGUGGGCCCCAGCAUCGGAGGAUGUCGGGCAGAGGGUUUCCCACCUGGGAGAGGAGCAGCAGCAUCGGGCAGACAGGCAAGGCGAAGGCCACAGCGCAGCCCUCUGACAGCAUCAGUGUCCGGGGCGUCUCCUACAUUGUCAGAGAACGUGUUGGCCCAUGGUGGAAUGUUUCUUUAUAUCAUAAAAAAUGGACCCGACAAAUACUUAAAGAUGUUUCAUUUCACAUAGAAAGUGGACAGAUUAUGGGAAUUUUAGGAAAUUCUGGAUCUGGGAAAACAACACUUCUGGAUGCAAUAUCAGGAAGACUGGGACAUGAAGAAAACUUCUUUGGUGAAGUUUAUGUGAAUGGGCGUCAGCUGAAGAAAGAACAGUUUAGAGAUUGCUUCUCUUAUGUGCCACAGAGUGACACUUUGUUAAGCUUCCUUACCAUAGAAGAGUCUCUGACCUACACUGCUUUACUAACUCUUCAGAAAUGCUCCAACAGCUUCAUCAAAAAGAAGGUAGAUGCAGUUAUGGCUGAGCUGAGUCUUAGCCACAUUGCUGACAAAAUAAUUGGAAGCCGUAUUUUUGUAGGAAUUUCUGGGGGUGAGAGGCGUCGUGUUUCAAUUGCAGCCCAGCUAUUACAAGAUCCCAAGGUCAUGCUCCUUGAUGAACCAACAACAGGGCUGGAUUGCCUGACUGCUAACCAGAUUGUCUCGCUGCUCUCAGAGCUUGCACACAGAGACAGGAUUGUGAUUAUUACAAUUCAUCAGCCUCGCUCAGAACUCUUCAGGUUAUUUGACAAAAUAGCUAUCAUGAGCUUUGGAGAAAUGGUUUUCUGUGGGAACCCUAUGGAAAUGAUCACAUUUUUUAGCAACUGCGGCUAUUCUUGUCCUGAGCAAUCAAAUCCUUUUGACUUCUAUGUGGAUCUGACAUCUGUGGACACCCGAAGCAAGGAACGUGAACUCGAAACCUACAGUAGGGUUCAGGUAAUUGUAUCAGCCUACAAAAACUCGGAGAUCUUUAGCAAAGUACUGGCAGCCAUUGAAAGAACAAAGUGUAUGAAAGAGCUGCCACCAAUACCAUUCAAAAACAGAGAGUCACCCAGUGCCUUUUACAAAUUAUGGAUUCUUUUACGGAGGACAACAAGAAACUUCUCGAGAGAUAAGAUGGGCAUCAUCAUGCGUCUCCUCCAGAAUUUGUUAUUUGGCUUGUUUGUAGCAUUUUUCCUUCUUAGACUAAGGAAUGACCUGGUAAAAGGAGCAGUGCAGGAUCGCGUGGGGCUUGUCUACCAGUGCGUGAGUGCCCCCCCCUACACAGGGAUGCUGAAUGCUGUUGCUCUUUUCCCACCUUUACGUGCUAUCAGUGACCAAGAAAGUAAAGAUGGCUUGUAUAAGAAAUGGCAAAUGCUUUUAGCUUAUAUAGUACAUUUCCUGCCCUUCAGUGUCAUCAGCGUGGCAAUUUUCAGCACCUUUAUAUACUGGACUGCAGGGUUGUAUCCCGAUGCUUCCAGAUUUGGAAUUUUCUUUGCUGUUGUCUUAGCAUCUCAUAUAAUUGGUGAACUACUAACACUUGUUAUACUUGGUGUGGUUCAAAACCCAAAUAUAGUCCAAAGCGGAGUGGUGCUACUUAAUUCAGCAGGUGUUAUAGCGGGAACUGGACUAGUAAGGACCAUUGAAGACAUGCCGACACCUUUUAAAAUUCUCAGUUAUCUUACCUUUCAAAAAUACAGCAGUGAGAUUCUUAUAGUCAAUGAAUUUUAUGGCUUAAACUUCACAUGCGGUGGAGCCAACAGUUCCACUGCAAUUAAUGCUGCAUGCAUUUUCUCUCAUGGCGGUCAAUUCAUUGAACAAAACUUUCCUGGUGCAUUGUCCUGGUUCACAACUGAUUUCCUAAUACUCUAUGCUUUUCUACCAGGACUUGUCAUUAUAGCAAUUCUGAGCUUCAAAAUAAGAGAGAGAAUCAUUAGCAGGCAAUAAAAAAAGUAGCUGUUCUAACAAUGUCUAAUACUACACUUUUAACUUUACUGUGGUUGAAGGCUUAAAUUGUUGGAUUUUAGAUAGAAUUUAAGUGAUUAUACCUAUAGAAACACAUUCAUCUUCUCAUGUGUGUUUCUAACUGGAUGUUUUCCAUCUUGAAAAACAACGUUCUCUUAGAGUGUGAAUGGCUUCCUGCUAUUGGUAUUCCCACCCCACUCCCUAAAUCAGCCGUAAUCAACAGUAUUACAUGUUUUAAAGGACUUUUUGACUUUUAUUUAGUCAGCUGCCAAUUUUUAACAAUGUAGCAAUGGUGCUCUAAUUUUUUUCCCCCACUGUUUUGUUUUUCAACCAUUACCAAUAAGCAGAGGGGUACAGUGGUUAGUAAAUCUUUUUUCUAGAAUUGCAUUUUAAUUCCUAUGCUUUGUUUUGAUACCAUUUUGGGGAUAUGUAGAAAGGGAACAAACCAAAUACGCGUAAAGACAGAAUUAAGAAAUCACUCCACUUUAAUCUUAUGUGUAUUAUACAAUCAAUGAGUACAGAAUCUUUAAGCAAUAUAAAAGUUCCCUAUAGUGUUUUUGUCUUGUAAAUGAUGGUAAAUCAGAGAAGACAUUUAUAUCUGUUCCUUCUUUUCAUUCUCAAGUUCUAAACCUUGUUUUGGAAGCAGUUUGUGAAUUACUAGAACAAAUUUUUGUUAAUAAAAUGUCAAUUUAACUAGGGGGAAAAAAAAAAGUUGUUUGCUGGUUCUUGGAAGCAAUGCAGUUUGCAUCUUUGGAAAUUAUUCUUAUGGGCUCACUAACAUCCCAAAGAGUCUAAUUUAUCCAUUUAAUAAAUAUAAGGACCUCUCAAAAUUGAGAGCCUAACAGACACAGAAUUCCUAAAUUUUAUAACUUUUCAUGUUCAGUGAAGAAGUUAUU